AGGUCACGUGGGCAUUCGUAAUUCGUUGCGAAUAUUCGUUGUUCGCAGGAUUUUUCCUGCUUUUAACGAAUACUCGCAAAAAUUAAGAUUGGAUUGCUAUGAUAAUAAAUUUUUUAAUAUAAAACUUCUAAAAUUAAAUAUUAUAGUUAUAAUGGCGUCAAAUAGUUUUUCACAGCCACAGCUUUACAAAUGUGGUCUGUGCUUAGAAUAUAUACUUUUUGAAAACAUAUAUUUACAUAACUGUGUGCAAAACUUUACGCAAGUUUUUAUAACUGAAGAUAAUGUAACUUUCUUUCCUCAAACAGAAAGUAAUGAAGUUAUUGACACAAUGGAGAAAUUAGAAAUUUAUCGUACUAAGUUAAAUGAAACUAAUAAACACAUUGAAUUUAAUAAAGAAAAUAGAGAUUCCUUAAAUCAAAACUUGUCGAUGGAAGAAAUGCUUAUUGCAGCAGUUGAAGAAAGACCACCGUUGUGGAACUAUAAAGAUUGCCUUCCAAAAGAUCGAACCAAUGCUGCAAAGAAUAAAUUAUGGGAAGAAAUUGAAGAGAUCCUUAAUCCCAAUAAAGAAAACCCACAAUACACUGCUGCUUAUUUUAAAAAUAAGUGGAGAAAUUUAUUAGACACGUAUAGAGUGUAUUUAUCAAAAGAAAGAACACAAAGUGGACAAGCUGCUCACAAAAAAAAACCAUGGAGAUUUAUGGACCAAAUGGGUUUUAUAAAAGAAAGUAUUGACCUCGAACAAUCAACAAUUUUCCAAGAACCAUGUCACACAGUUCUACCUGUAAUAAUUCAGAUUCAGAAAGUAAUAAUGAUACUAACAAUGUACAUGAAAAACGUGCAAAAAAUACAAAUACUGAUUAUAUCGAAAAAAUAGUAACAGCUCUUGAAAAGCCUAUUGCAGCACCUACAAUAAUACAACCGGAAAUACAAAUUCCUAAAAGAGAUGAAAUAAGUCAAUUUUGUUUAA